AACACAGUGAAGGGGAGGGUUUCAAAGAGCAAGAAAGGGUUGUUAAUCACAUGGAGAGAGAAGAAAGGAGAGUAGCAGGGUGACUUUCACCCUGCAACAGUCACGCCGGAGUACUCUGGUGAAGGAUCAAGAAUAUUAUCAGUUUUCUGAUGAAGAAAAGAAUAUAUUUGGUCACCAGUAAUCUGCCUUUGACCAUCCUCUAAGCCAAGUUUUUCAUCACUGUCUAGAAAAAUACUUCAUUCAGAGGACACAUAUGUCCUCUUUACAUGUCUCCUUUUUGGGAGCAAUAGGAGAAAGAAACUUCAAGAUGUAGAAAGAAUUAAUAGUAUAACAGAAAGAAAGAAGGCAAAAGGAAGUAAAUGUGGAGGCCAGAGAAAUAGUAAUAAGAAUAAAGAAGAAAACCAGGAAAAAAGAGGAGGGAAAGGCCAUAGAAAAUAAUAGCCAGAGAGAGUAGGAGGAGACAGAGAGAGAGAAAAGCUGAUAAAUUCCUGAGAAAAGUUUCUCUCCUUACGAAUUCUAGGUCAAGAAGUCAAAUAUGGCACAGAGCAUUGAAAGGAGGCAAUGGAUGCCCAGUGCAAGAUUCUGAAGAAACAGGAAUUCAGCCCGAUGGGAGUCCAAGUUCAUGUCGCGACGGCCUCUGCCCUGGUGCAUUUCAUCCUGCUUUCUGGGACGAGAUGUGAGGAAAACUGUGGUAAUCCUGAACAUUGCCUGACCACAGACUGGGUACAUCUCUGGUAUAUAUGGUUGCUGGUGGUAAUUGGCGUGCUGCUUCUGCUAUGUGGCCUGUCUUCCCUGUGCUUCCGCUGCUGCUGUCUGAGCCGCCAGCAAAAUGGGGAAGAUGGGGGCCCACCGCCCUAUGAAGUGACUGUCAUUGCUUUCGAUCACGACAGCACUCUCCAGAGCACUAUCACAUCUAUGCAGUCAGUGUUUGGCCCUGCAGCUCGGAGGAUCCUGGCUGUGGCGCACUCCCACAGCUCCCUGGGCCAACUGCCCUCCUCUUUGGACACCCUCCCAGGGUAUGAAGAAGCUCUUCAUAUGAGUCGCUUCACAGUAGCCAGGUGUGGCCAGAAAGCACCUGAUCUACCCCCAGUGCCUGAAGAAAAGCAGCUGCCUCCAAUAGAGAAGGAGUCAACUUGAAUAGUUGACUCUUGGAACUGAUGAGAGCUGCCAUUUUAUAAAUAGGGGUGGAGAUAUGUCCAGAGUCUGUGGGAAAAUGGCACACAUUCUUUUCUAACCCUCAGAAGUUUUAGGAUGGCAUCUAACACCAUCAUUCCAGGGAAAGAUGGUUCUUACUCUUCAUUCACAGGCCUUUACAUCUUCUGAUACAGAAUGCUCUAACUGGGAACUCUUAAUUUUUUUAUCCAAUAGUCAAAAUCUGCAAGUAAUCUCUAGCCAAACUGAUUACCACUAAACCAGGAAAACAUGAAGUUGUCUUGAAUUCCUUCAACUAUUGAGUGCAUAUAAAAUUCCUAUA